AUGGGGACAAAUGACAGAGAAAUGACAUCAACUAUAACAACCAAUGAACCUGUUCCACUAUCAUGGCUGCAGCAGGAUUUCCUGCCGGAGGAGGUUCAACAGCUGAUAAGCACCAGGGGCACCCUGAAGCUGCAGAACCCCAGGCAACAGUCCGCUUGGUUGCGAGACUUUCUGCACUGCUGCCUGGAGACGGACGAGGACAGGUGCUGGUCUGCCCAGGAAUUUCUGCAGCAUCUGUUUGUAACCUCAGCCAAGCUGACCUCCAGCCUGAUGCCUCUGAUCAUGGCAACGCAGCAGUUUAUGGCCGACAGGAGACACUAGCCCUGGAAGAGGCCACUGUUGUUUUCUGUAGUUUCUAGU